AGCUGCGUUUAUGCCGUUGCGGUGUGAAGGCUGGCUAGUCACCUUGAACGAAUUUCAAUAUAUAGAUCAGUUUGGCCAGGGAGCGAUUUAGUUUUGUUUUUAAAGUACUCAAGAACACAAUGUCGUUGAGAUUUGCCCUAUUCUUCGUGAUCGGUUUGACUGUGGCAGUCAAUGCCGCACCACAGACCACGGGCCAAUCACUUCCGGUGAAGAGCAAUAACGGUCGAAACGAUGUGCUGAAUAGUGGAAAAAACAACGAGCGGAGUUUGGGUAAACAGGAUGAUGAGACUUUGGAGGAGUACCAAGCAAAGUCAGCCCAUUACUCUUAUGAUUCGUCGAUCAACGAUUCGAUCAGUGAUUCAACCAUAACUCGACAGGAGACGCGUGAAGGAUUAGCGCUGAAGGGAAUGUAUGCAUACAGCGAUGGCUUUUUCAAGCGAGAGGUGCACUACGUUGCGGACGAUAAAGGAUACCGCGUGGUGAAGGAGAUUUCAAUUCCCAUCGGAGACGGACCUCAAGAGGAUCCCAACGGUAAAGCGGAUGUGUCAUCUUCUCUCUACGGAUCGUAUUCCAUCACGGCCGAUGAUAUUGCAAAGCCAUCGAAGAAAAAUGCGAAAAAAGUUUAGAAUUUAUGUUAACAGUGAUGGUUCUGUAAUUGUGUCAUAAGUUUGAUCGAAAUAAAUGUUUAAGAUCGUA